CUCUCAGUGGCUAUACUCUAAAAACCACCUAUACAGACAUUUGUUUAAAAAAAAAAUCUGGUUGUGUUGGCGUCAUAUCCGAGGAAAAUGUACAUCCCAUUAUUACUUUAGUCUUUUUUUAAUUUUAUCAAAAUGGCCACCGCUGCGGGAGAUGCAGAUGAACAAUGGGUUACGGACGAAGAGGGACAAAAGGAGGAAAUUCAAAAGGAACGUUUUCAUAUUCGUUUUCAAUACUUGAGAUCGGAAGAGACUGUAGAAAAAUGUUUUAUUGAUAAGCUACCACCACACAUUAAACCCAUCGACAGAUGCAAGAUUUGGAAAGGUUUUGACGCAGCCUAUGGCGACUACAAUGUGACCUUUGAACAAAACUUCCAGACAACAAGACUCGCAUGUAUUGAAGAGGAAGUCCAUAACACAUGGUUUGCGAACAAACCACCGACAGAAGAGAUGGCAUGGCUAGAGAUAUUAAGAAAGAAACGUUCGUAUUCCGAGUCUGCAAAGUCUAAACAAGAACUUUCCUUCAAUCUGGAUUUGGUAAUUGGUGGAAGUAUGACGUCACCUGUUAUAUUCGUUUGUCACUGGAUACUAGCUGAAAUACAAGAGGUUUUCGUUAAGUUUCAGUUUGAUACGUCGAAAUUAACAAUUGAAAAAUUUCGUGCUUUUGUGCUAGAGGUAUCAUUUGAUGCACUUCACGAAACAGUGUUGGUUCAAAAAACGGAUAAGAAAGUCAUGAUCUUGAUAACAUUAAAAUCCGGUCCAAAAAUUUACAAUGCUGGAAAAAAUUCGAAAAGAUUAACUGCUAAAGACAUUGGUUAUCAUGAUAUUGGACGUUUGAACUCAUAUUGCAUCGACCUAGACGCAGAAAUUGAAAGUCUGGAAGUAGAACAGCUAUUAUCACGUUUGAUUUGCAUUGGGUUUCGCGUUGCUUAUAUCAAAUUGCAAAUAAAACUCCUUGAACUCAAGGGCGACGUCUUACUGCCAGACAAUUUCGAGUUAGAGUAUGCUUGGCACUGUGUUAUAUCAAUAGGUUUCAAAGUAACCGAUCACCUUACAUUUGAAGUUAAGAAAUAUAUUGAAUAUUUGUUUCGAAAAGAGGCAUCGUUAAUGAUCCAAGUACUCUAUAGUCUGGCGAUUGAGUUGAUAGAGAAACCAUUUUUUCACUUCAAAAACGAACUUGACGUAAUGAAAAAGAGAACCCUUAAAAAUUUUGAUCAUGACUUACCCCCUCACUACUCCAUGGUGGCACGAAUGGUUUUAACUCCCACUAGAUCUCUAUUUUUACCGAAAGAACCUAUGUUUCAAAACAGAAUAGUUCGCGAGUAUGGCGAAGACUUUUUUAUUAGAGUAGUUUUUCGUGAUGAAGACUUCGAAAAAAUAAGCACUGUUCAAUCUGACGCAGUGGAAAAUAUUCUAGAGAGAAUGAAAACUUUUUUUAAAGAUGGAUUUCAAAUACAAACCCGACAUUAUGAAUUCCUUGGAUGCUCAAAUAGUCAACUAAGAGAACACAGUUUUUGGUUUUUUCAUCCCCAUGAUGAUAUUACAUCGGAAAACAUUCGCAACAGUUCAGGAGAACUUUCGACUGAGAGAUGUGUAGCUUCAUACGUUUCACGAUUUGGUCUAUGCUUUUCAUCAACAAAGAAAACCGUGGACGUAGAUAAGGGUUGUGUGCAAUACACAGAUGAUGUACAGAACGACAAGUAUUGUUUUACCGAUGGCAUCGGUCGCAUAUCAACAAAACUUGCAGAAAAGGUUUCAAAUGAGCUGAAUAUCAGCCCUGUGCCAUCAGCAUUUCAAAUACGUUUUGGUGGCUGUAAGGGGGUGGUAGCACAGGAGCCAACCCUCGGGGAUGACGCUGAUGUUCUUGUUAUUAGAAAAAGCAUGCACAAGUUCAAAUCAGAUUCAAACAAUUUAGAAAUCUUAGAAGAAACACGACCUGGCAGGCUUCAUUUGAACAGACAAGUGAUUACCUUGUUAUCUGGACUGGGGAUUCCAGACCAUGUGUUUAUACAUCUUCAGGAAAAAAUGCUGAUUGAUUUAGCAGAAAUGCUUUUAUACGAUGAAAUGGCAUUGCCAGUUUUGUUAGAGUCUGCAGUCAAUGUCGACUUUAAUUUACUCGCAAACAAGGGGAUUUCACUUGUCCAAGAGCCAUUCUUUCGAUCAUUACUACUUGCAAUUUAUCAUCACAGAAUAACAAAUCUUAUGAAACGAACCAGGAUACAGAUUCCGUUAGACAAAGGACGAAUUAUGAUGGGUACUACUGAUGAGACGAAAACACUUAAGUCAGGGGACGUUUUUAUCAGAUAUUCUCAGCAGACAACCAGGCCGGGUAAAAACGUUAUUACAUACGAAGGACCUGUUGUUGUGACUAAAAAUCCGUGUUUUCACGAAGGCGAUGUCCGAGUAUUUAUUGCUAUAAAUGUUCCUGAACUCAGCCACAUGAUAGAUUGCAUUGUUUUUCCUCAAAAGGGUACCCGUCCACACCCUGAUGAAAUGUCGGGAUCGGAUCUUGAUGGAGAUAUGUACUUUGUGUGCUGGGAUCAAAAUCUUUGUAAAUUUCAAAACCAAAAACCGAUGAACUUUCCUAAAGCAGAAAAGAAACAACUCAGUAGAACAGUGAACUCCCACGACGUAAUUGAUUUCUUGGCAGAUUAUAUACGAUAUGAUAAACUUGGACUCAUCGCAAACGCACACCUUGUUCACGCAGAUAGCAACGAAAAUGGUAUUUUUUCAGAUGAAUGCCACAGACUUGCAGAAAUGCAUUCGGAUGCUGUUGAUUUUCCAAAAACAGGAAAAAUUCCUAAAAUUGAUGAUGAUUUAAGACCGAAAUCCUAUCCCGACUUUAUGAUGAAACGCGAUAAACAGAUCUACCCGUCUACCAAAAUUAUUGGUAAACUAUAUAGACAGUGUCGUUCUUUAUCUCGAAUGCAAAAACAAUCUGGACUCAAACAGCAAUCAGAUGUAGAUAAACAUUUGGUUUUGCCGGACAUCAAUGCAAAAACAUUAGCCGAUGCCAGAAUUCAAAGGGAUCAAUAUUCGAGUAAAAUUGUAGAAGUUUUGGAUAUGUAUGGCAUCAGCAACGAAUGCGAAGCGAUUACUGGUCUCGUUCAAAGUGUGAAGUCAGUUAAAGGAUGCUUGAAAGAUGAAAAAUUUCAGGUCGGACAAAUUGUCAAAGACAAGAUAUGCUUGAUACAAAAGAAAACACGAGAAAUAUUUUUCGAUGAAUUUGGAGGAGAAUCAAAUGUAUCGAAAAAAGACGAACAUGUACUACGGAAAGCGUCUGCCUGGUACAAAGUAACUUACAUGAAUGAGAAGGAAACGAACAGACAUAUUCGAAGUUUUCCGUGGAUUGUAGCCGACAUAUUAGUACUCUUGAAAAGAAGCCAUUGUAAGCCUCGACUAAACAGAUAUGAAACAUUUCUGACAGAAUAUUACAGGUUGUCGCAAACAAAUCGCGACGUUAGAGACAAAAUUUUAAACAUUAUGUGUACGAAUGUUAAAACAUUGUUGCGGAGUAUUCUAACUAAAGAUGAUGAACUAAUCAUAAUAGGAUUAGAGUUAUGUGGGCUAAUGAAAAGCCAAAAUAAUCUCAAUAUCGCAAUACCCGGGUUAAAACUUAAAAUGAUUACCGAAGCAUUGAAGAAACAAGGCAUUAAGAAAGCAGACAAACCAAUCCGUGAUCCAUGCCAUUAUGUUACUAAUAAUGAAAACGCAUACGCGAGAUUUGUUGUUGAUGCAAGAAUUAUUAAGCUAAGUAAAGCUAUGAAAACCCACUUGUCCGAAAAACUUAUGAGUUAUAAACCAGUUGUUCAGUUUUUAUUGGAUGUAUUACAAGACGUCUUUCCAAUUGAUUCGGACAGCUUCAUUUUUUCUGAUCUCAUCGCUAUAAUGAUUUUAUUUUUGACACGGAUGAACAACCCUGACGAUAGUGGAUGUGCCAAAUGCCUUUUUGGCGUUGUAAAAAAUUACAUUUUGGGUUUUAGAUCUUGGAAUUUAAGCGAAUAUGAAGUUUUAAAAGACGGGUUUGAAGCACUUGGGAUGACAGAUAAUGUUAUGUCGGAAAUAUCAGAAAAGUUUCUUUCUGUAUUCCACAAGACUGUGCAAAAUAUCGACAUUAAUCCUUUUUUGGAAAUUAGGAAAUCCAUCGACAUCUCUCAAUCUUCACAAAGCUUUGAAGACGAUGAUGAGUUAUAUGGGGCAUUUCCUUUGUCUUUAAAUGUUUGGAAUGCGAUCAAAUAUUCUGAAAAACAUUUUGAAGCGCAACUAAGCAAAAAAACCGGUGCUGACGUAAUUUUGAAAAAAACGCAAACAGGACCAAAUAGAAUUGAUGCAUAUGGGUCUGAAUCAGCGCUUAGUAAGGUUGAAGAAAUCAUUAGCAAUAUUUCAAAGACACCAGGAAAUUUGAAAUUGUACGCCGAAAAAGGUCAUUGUAUUGUAGAAAAAGCUUACUCCAUUAUUUUUCAGGGAGGUUCUGAAGAUAGUAUACUUUUUUUUGAAAAUUAUUAUGGAAUUCACCGUGAAACACACUCUCAAGUGGAAACAUUUGUACCCAAAUUAAUGAAUAUCGAACAGGAAAACAAUUAUGGAGAUUUUGAGACAAAGUAUGUGAAACAAUGGCACGUACUAAAAACUGAGUAUAAUGCGAUUGUUCAUGGAGAUUUGUUUUUGAGCAUUUCGUUUGGGAUUUUGUAUGUUAUGAAUAUUAAACGUGAUUCAAGGUUGAGUGUAUUGGAAUUAAACAACGAGUUUUCUACGCUUAAUUUACGAAAGGAACAGGCAAAGAAGCAGACGAAAAGGCAUAAAAAGAAGACGAAACAGGUUGUAGUCCCAUACACAUUUUCAUUUCAGCCGAUUGUCUUCUCUGACAUUGGUAAAAUUCGUAAGGUCCUUGAGUGUAUUGGCUUUUCUAAUGACAAUGGCGACAGAAAAAGGAAGAUUUCUUUGAGGUUUGGAGAUCCGCUGUUUUGCAUGCAAGAGUAUGACGAAAACGGAAAGCUUCUCUUGGUUAAUUUAUCGGAUAUUAAAUGGUUUAUGGCAACCGUUGUACCUAUUGUUUCCCAGAAUACAAAUAUUAGAUACAAAUUGCAAUCAAAUAGAGAUUUUGAAGGAAAAUAUAUCAGCAAAAAUAACAAAGUAUGGUUAAAAACAUUUGCAAAUGGGUACCUAGUGCCACAAUUUUGCAAAAUUUAUUAUGCAAGAGAGAAGAAUGUUGAGACGUACUCUUUGCCUAAUUGGUUUGGAGGAUAUAAACUUAAGAUAGAAGUUGCAACAGUAACAGAUUUAAAGUACCGGGAAAAGACUGGGAUGUUAGUGCGAAACGGUGCUUCAAGAAUAGAGAUUCUGGUUCUACCUGAAAUUCCACUUAUAAGUUCAUCUGAAGAAGAAAUAAAAUCCUAUGCACGGCACAUCUGGCAAUGGACAUUAAAAUUGGCAGCAGAAAUGGAAAAAAUAUAAUACGCUUAAAAUACUAAUGUUAUAGAAAGUUUUAUAGUUUAAGAAUAUAAAGAAAUGUGACUAAAAUUUGAACUUAUAAUUAGAUUAAGUCCAUAUAUUUUCUUUCAUUUAAUCAAUAUGAAUAAAUGUUUUAUAUUAACUUUAAAGAAUAAAAAAAUUAUCAAUCAAAAGAAA